CAUGGAGCCAAUUGCACAUCUCGUGAAGACAUCUAUUCCCAAUUAUUUAGCUGGAUUACCAGUUCCAGAAUCUAUAGGAGGAUGGUUUCGACUGGGAGUACGAGACUGGAUUGCCUUAAUUCCACCGACUGCGUUGUUAGCUGGCAUUGGCUAUAUGUCCUACAAAGCAUUUUGUCCGUUAGCUAGAGGCCCGCCCAGUGGACGUGUCAACCAUAGUGUAAAACUGGAUGUGAAUAAAGUAGUAGAUUUUGUGGAUAUAGAAGAUAUCACAGAAAAAGCUGUGUUUUGUCGGUGUUGGAGAUCUAAGAAUUGGCCAUAUUGUGAUGGCGCUCAUGGACCCCACAAUCAAGAACAGUGUGACAAUGUGGGUCCCCUUGUAGUUACAAAGAAGAAAAACUAAUCUAAAUGAGUGAAUACACAAACAUCUAAAAGUAUGUACUUGCCAUUUGCAAUGUUACUAAUAAUUUAUACUAAUAUUCCAACAAUCAACACUGUAGACACCUCAUAUAGAAGAUAACGAUAUAUUAUGGAAAUUAUCCAUAGUAACUGAACCACAAAACUACAAAAAGAACAAUACUAAAUACCAUA